AUGGCGGUCCAAGACACCUCAGCACAGCAAGGGCCCCUCCCCGUGAUCAUCAUCGGCGCCGGCGUCAGCGGCCUGCUGCUCGCCCAGCACCUGCGCAAGACCGGCGUGCCCUUCCGCAUCUUCGAGCGCGACACGGACCUCACCACUCGCGGUGUCGGCUGGGGCCUGACGCUGCACUGGUCGCUGCCCGCGCUGCGGUCCCUGCUGCCCGAGGACCUGGUCGCCCGCCUGCCCGAGGCUUACGUCGACCGCGCCGCCGUCGCGAGGGGCGAGGCCUCCGCGUUCCCCUUCUUCGACCUAAGCACCGGCGAGCUGAAGGGCGCAAGCCCCCGCGCGCCGGAGAGCCUGCGGAUCAGGGUUACGAGGGAGAGGUUGCGUCGGCUUGUUGCGACCGGCAUCGACAUCCAGUGGGGGAAGGGCUUCGCUAGCUACGAGGAAAAGGAGGACUCCGUCAUCGUGUCCUUCGAGGACGGCUCAGCGUGCGCCGGUCGCGUGCUCGUCGCAUGCGACGGAGGCGCAUCCCGAGUGCGGACGCAGCUUUUCCCGGAUCACCAUCAGAGGCACCGGAUCCCGGUCCGGGUUCUUGGCCUGAAGGUGUUUCCGUCCCCCGAAGAGAUGGAGCCGAUCCGGAAGCUUGAUCCUUUCUUCCUGCAAGGGACGUCGUCUCAGAACGACACUUUUCUGUAUCUUAGCAUGCUCGACGCCCCCGGCAACAAUGAUGACAGCUCGGGCAAGUACAGCUGCCAGAUGUGCAUCUCGUGGCCGGAUCGUCCGGGCUUCUUGGGCAAGCCGGAGCCGACGGGAUUUCCGGAGACCAACGGCGGCAGACUCGAUCUCAUCAGGUCGUUCGCCAGCGGCUGGUCGGAGCCGUUUCGCUCCCUUGCACUCGGCAUUCCUGCUGACACCGACGUGAAACAACUCGACCUCUUCGACUAUCCUCCACCAAAGGGCCUUCGUUCAUCAGGACGCGCGGUGUUGAUGGGGGACGCCUUCCAUGCCAUGGCAAUGUACAGAGGCGAGGGUGCGAACCACGCCAUCCUCGACGUCCUGGAUUUCGCAGAGGCCGUGGGCCCGAAAUUGGGCAGCGGCGCCGGCUUCCCGGAGCUCAGGGCGGCCAUGGACGUCUACGAAGAUGCCGUCGUCGCCAGGGCGCGGCCCGGCGUGCUGGCGUCGCGGCGGGCCUGUCUGGACGCGCACGACUGGCCCAAGAUUAGCCCUACGAGCCCGCUCCUCAGCAAGCGGGAGAUGAAGCUUCACUUUGAUGAAGAGUAA